AAAUUGGAAAGCCUUCUUAAUUACAAUGGAGCCGUCGCCGGACUGGCCGGAGCCGAUAGUCCGGGUGCAAUCCCUAUCGGAAUCCUGCCGGGACACCAUCCCCGACCGAUACAUAAAGCCGCCGGAGGCCCGGCCCGCCACCUUAUCCUCCACCACCGCCACCAGCAGCGACGCCAACAUCCCCCUCGUAAACCUGGAGGGCCUGUACGGCCCCGACGCAGCCCUCCGGCAGGACACCCGGCGGCGCGUGUCGGAAGCGUGCCGCGAGUGGGGAUUCUUCCAGAUAACCAACCACGGCGUCCGGCCCGACCUCAUGGACCGGGCCCAGCACGUGUGGCGCGAAUUCUUCCACCUCCCCAUGCCCCUCAAACAGCCCUACGCCAAUUCCCCUAAAACCUACGAAGGCUACGGCAGCCGCCUCGGCGUCGAGAAGGCCGCCGUCCUCGACUGGAGCGACUACUACUACCUCCAUUACCUCCCCUCGGAGCUCCGGGACCUUCGAAAAUGGCCGGCCCUCCCCGCCGACCUCCGAGAGGUGAUCGCGGAGUAUUCGUCGGAGAUUGUGAGGCUUGGCGGGGAGCUGCUGAAGGUCUUUUCGGUAAAUUUGGGUCUGAGAGAGGAUUCGUUGCAGACUGCGUUCGGCGGGGAGGAAAUCGGGGCAUGUUUACGGGUCAAUUUUUACCCGAAAUGCCCCCAACCCGAUUUGGCACUCGGACUCUCCUCUCAUUCGGAUCCUGGCGGGAUGACGUUCCUUCUGCCGGAUCCGGAUGUCCCGGGGCUCCAGGUCCGACGACCCGACGGGUGGGUCACCGUUAAACCCGUUCCUCAUGCAUUUAUCGUCAACAUUGGAGAUCAGAUUCAGAUACUAAGUAACGCAAUUUAUAAGAGCGUGGAACAUCGGGUGAUCGUCAACUCAACUCAAGAGCGACUAUCGUUGGCCUAUUUUUACAACCCGAAAAGUAAUAUACCGAUACAACCUCUGGAGGAAGUCGUAAAACCAGGCGAGACGGCGUCGUAUUCGGCCAUGACUUUCGACGAAUAUAGAAUGUACAUUAGGACUAAAGGUCCCAAAGGAAAAUCUCAAUUGGGAGCUUCCUUUAAAUGUACAAGAUAGGAAUUGAUACUAUAAGUUAAAUUUAUGUGAAUUUUAUUAGUGUUAGUGGCAAAUAGAUUGAUUAUUAUUUAAUCAAUUGCCAAAUAGAAAUGAUUGAGAUUGUAAACAAUAAUUAUAAUUAUAAUUUAUCAUAUUUCAAAUUAUAAUUAAUUAAUUUUUUUUUA